ACAGGCUCACGAGCCAAUAUGGCGACGAACAGGAGAGCGUAGCUUAGUAACAAGGACUUCCACUGAAGCAGAGGUUGCUGCGGGACGUUUGGAUUUAUUUAUUACACCUCAACGUUUAUUUUUUGUUUGUUUUUUGGUAAGUAUGUUCUCUGCUUUCCGGUUUAUCCUCCAACUGCUAAAAAAGAAACCCUCAUAGCCCCUCCGUUCGUCUUCUUAGCUCCUGUUAGCUUCGUGCUAACAUGGCUGUUUGUAAACAUCGAGAGAAGUUUCCUCAGAAAACGAAGAUCGGGAUGAACUCCACCGCUCCUCACGGCUCAGACUUUUUAAAAGGGUCUUUAAAGAGAAGAUGGAGAAGUGAAUUAACUGUUGUCACUGUCACUUUGUGGUUUAAUCCACAUAUUAGCAAUCCCGUGUGGUCCCCUAUUGACAACAUGGACUAAAGGAGACCCUGAACCUAAAUCUGCUGAAAUGUUGUCAUAGUACUUUUUUUCUCUGUCUGCCUGAAAACACCUUUAAAUAAAAACCAUGAUAAAGUUGAAGGUUGUUCUCUAACAGUUUAAGUUUUCUCCGUCCUCUUUCAGUCGAGCUCUGACGCAGCAGGAUGCCCGGGAAAACUGGGGACCAGUUCAAAGCAGGAGACCUGGUGUUCGCCAAGAUGAAGGGGUUUCCUUUCUGGCCUGCCAGGGUACACACACACACACUUACACACACAGUUUUCGUCCUCUGUGAUGUGUGAGUUUAAAGGGAUAUUCCGGCGUAAAAUUAAGUUAUGGUCAAACACACCGUAACACCGAGUCAGACCCCCCCUCCAGAGAUGAAUGUUGCCGACCGCUUGCUUCUCUAGUUAUACCAACUUUAGUAACGACCACAGGAUAGCAAUACAGAGAGACAGGCCCCCAACCAAAACGCCACUCUAUAGCCACAAAUAAUGCUCAGAACAGCACCUAACUUCAUCAACAGGACAUAUAGGGUCACAGACAUAGUACUAGACACCAAACAUCUUUUUAACUUUGACUCAUUUCUUUAGCAAAGAUGCUAUACACAACUGACCUCAGGCCAGUCCAUUACGGACUACAGCGGGGUGCCGCAGCUCAAGGAAGAACAUUUAUGAUAAUUUCUUCAUGGAAAUACAAUCAGACCGAGACGCCGAGGCCAGUGUUUCCCCUAGAUUUUUUUUUUUGUCGUUGUUACCCCCACUCUCUUGCCGCUCCAGGAGCUCCGCUGUUACAUUCACGUCUCGCUAAAUAGACCGUGUAUAAGCUUAAACUUUGUCCUCCACGUUGGUGGAAGAGGGUCCGACAGGAAUCGAUGCGCCCCUUGAUGACUAACAACAAGUCGUAACUAACGUGUGUUGUUGUGCUCUCACAGUGCGAGUAGAGUCAUUAGUGGCGCAUUGAUAUUCCCUGGAUAAGACAGAAGAACUACCGCGUCUGCAGUGCAAAAUGAUCAAUAUGGUGAUUAUUACUUCAAGGAAAUGAUGAAGAAAUGAUCUUAAAUGUUCUUCCUUGAGCUGCGGCACCCCGCUGUAGUCCGUAAUGGACUGGCCUGAGGUCUCUCUACAAACAAGCGUCUGCUGGAAGAGAGUAGGUGAGUUGUGUUUAGUCUCUUUGUUAAAGAAAUGAGUCAAAGUUAAAAAGAUGUUUGGUGUCUAGUACUAUGUCUGUGACCCUCUAUGUCCUGUUGAUGAAGUUAGGUGCUGUUCUCAGCAUUAUUUGUGGCGUUCUGGUUGAGGGCGUGGCUCUCUGUAUUGCUAUCCUGCCGUCGGCAACAUUCAUCUCUGGAGGGGGGGUCUAACUCGGGGUUACGGUGUGUUUGACCCUAAACUAAUUCUACACCGGAAUAUCCCUUUAAUAAUUGUCCUCCUGUCUGUUUCCAGGUCUGUAAAUCGGACUCCGGCUACAAGAAGCGAAUCCCGGUCUUCUACUUUGGGACCCAUCAGGUGUACGUACACACUGCUGAAUAUGAAUGACAUCACUUCCUGUUGAACCACUGUCUCAUCUGUGAUUGGUUCCCCUUCUUCCUCAGAGGAACCCUCCCUCCGGAGAACGUUGUUCCCUACGUGGGAAACAAGCUGAAGUACGGCAGCGGCGUCCGUAUCAAAGGCUUCGCCGAGGGCAUGUGGGAGAUCCAGAACACGCCGGGGGUCGGGAGCAAACUCAAAGUCAGUGUUCAUCAUCACUCAUUCGUCUCUGUUUAGCUGACACAGUUUAGUCGCCUCAUGAAAUACACAGUUCGUUUACAGUCGCAGUUUAAUCGGACUAAGCUCAUAGUCGUUUUUUUUUUUCGCCGAAUCAGACUUCUCUCCUUGUCCGCAUAAACAUGCAGCUGAGAAAACUUAGUCGAAACGUCCAAAGUAAGUCCAACUGUCCUUUCCAAAAGAGAGUUACCCCCGAUCUCCACCUUCAUCCUGAUCGUCACAGACACAAAAUAAAACAUCCGUCUUCUUUUCAAAAUAAAACACAUCCUCUCACUUGUUCGGGCGGAGACGAACAAGUGAAAGGUUUUUAGACGUCAUUUCACCCCGAUGACACCAUGGAUGAGGAGAUGCUGAUUCUAGAAGUCUAGAAGUAGAUUUCCUCCUCUGGAAGGACACAAUCUACUGCUUAUACGUCUAUGUGUCUGUCUUUAGAGAGACAACUCGUUAUCGCGCGUGAAUCCGCGGGUUAGUGUGAGUUCUCACGAUUCCUGCUGUCUACAAUCCGCCACAAAAUUCGCCUCACCAACGGCUCUGGAAGAAUUGGCGUACGGCAAAAAUCGCCGCUGUUUUGGAUCAGUAAAAAUUGUGGGUUAGCGUCCUCACCUCCGUGUCAUGGCUGCGUCUCCCUUCAGGUGUCACUGAUGUCUUCCUGUCUGUUUCCUCUAAAGCUCAGGCUGCUGAUUCAGUUCUGUUCCAGUAAAGAAACCGACUUUUGGUCCUGAUCCAUUUCUCUGGUCUGUCACCUCCUCAGAUGCCAACAAAAGCUUCACCUGCUGCCAAAACCACACCUGCCAAACCUCCUGCUGCUAAAACUGCGACCAAGACGCCGGCUAAACCGACCUCCGCAGCUAAAGGUACACCCGCAAAACUGACGCCUACGACCAAACCUACGCCUGCUCCAGAAGCUGAACCCUCAAACAACCAACCGAGGAGCACCCCUGCUAGAUCCAGUUCCAACAGAUCUGCGUCCUCAAAGCCGGAGAGUAAACCAGCUCCAGAGAGGAGUAGAGCUUCGACAGAAACCGCCGCCGCCGCCGCCGCUACUGCGAAAACCCCGACAAGAGCCUCAUCAAGACUGGCUCCUGAGAAAACCAAAGACUCGGUCCAGGAUUCAGAGCAGACUCAAGUAACGGAUACCGACCCGGAACAGACAGCCGCAAACACGAGGAGCAGGAGGUCGGCUGCCGGGACCAGGAACCACACCGGCGAGGUACGGAUCGAGAGCGGAGUCAGAGUCAGUGUCCCCGCCUCUCCGUUUGUUGACGUGUCCUCUUUGUUUCCUUCGUUAGCAGGUGGACGGUGAGCAGAACAGGAGGAGGACAAACGCUGAUCCCGUGGUGACCGCUCCAGGUAACCGACCCGCUCAGACCUGCUCCUCAUAAUCAAUAAUCAAUAAUCAAUAAUCGAUUCUCAAAGACUAACGUUUGUUUCUCCAGCAGCCAGCAAGAAACCGAGAACCCCCGAGUCUGAAAAAGGACAGAGGGAGCAGGAGGAGAAGAAAACUGAGGAAGAGGAGAAACCAUCCGAGAGCCGAGGAGUCAAGAGGAGGAGACAGGAGGAGGAGGAUCAGAAGAGAACGAAGGAUGGAGAGGGAAAGGAAGAAGAGACGAAGACGAGUGACGCCGGAGGAAGAAGAACGAGGAGAGCCGAGAAAGAGGAGGGCAAAGAAGAAGAAAAGAGAGAGGAGAGGAGGAGAAGAGCAACAAGGUCAGGGAGCGAAGAGAGGAAACGAACGAGUGAGAGGAAGAAGGAAGAGACGGGAACGGAGGGGAGGGAGAGCAGAGGACAAAAGAGGAGGAGGAGGAGGGAAGAGGAGGAGGAGAAGAGCGGAGAAAGUGAAGAGACGAAAAGAAGAGAGAGGGAGGAUAGUGAGGGGAUGAAAAGGAGAAAGAGGGGGGAGGAAGAGGAGAAAAGCCGAACGAGACAAGGAGAGAAAGACGACAGAGAGGAGGUGAAGAAAACGAGGGAAGAUAGAAAAGAGGAGAGGGUGGGGAGGGAAACGCGGUCAGAGAGCGAAGGAAGAAAGGAAACAAAGAGGAGGAGAGUGACGGAGGAGAAGAGGAAAGAAGCAAGAGAGAGAGCGAAGACGAGGGGCGCCGAGAAAGAGGAGGAGGAGAAGGAUGAAGACGGAGAGAAAGAUCUGACCAUCCUGGAGAAGAUGACGGAGAAAAUGAGGGAGGAAGGACGAGAGAGAGAGAGCGGCCGCGUGGACGAGGAGGUAAGACCCUGUCCUGUCUUCUUUUGGGGGUCCCUGUGUCCGUCCUGGACACCCCCAGACCUUCAGGAGGAGGAGGAGGAGGAGGAGGAGGAGGACUCACCUUUCUGACCCUUCCUCCUUAAAUUUGAUUUUCCUUUUUACGCCUUCAGAGGAAACGCCACCUCGCCGCCAAGAGGGAGAGUCUGAUCCGAUCUCUGAGGGGUCUGCUGAAGGACGGGCGAGGAGCGAAGAGGAGGGAGACGAUGAAGAGCGUCCAGUAAGAAGAAGAACUUUGAAUAACCGAGUGAAAGAAAGAGGGGAAAAAAAGAAAAAGUGUUGACGUUUGUGUUUUUUUCAGGAGGAGCGGAGACGGAGGGAAGAGGAGGGUUCAGAGGACAGCAGACAAGAACCUCAGAGAGUCCACCACCAGGAAGAGGGACAAGGAGGAGACCACGACCGUCAGGAAAACCACCGAGCAGAAACGGAGAGAGUGGAGAAAAGAAGGAGAGAAGAAGGUGGAGGAGAAAACCACCGGCAAGAAGAGCGCGAAGAAGACGGACGACGAGCCGAAGACAAAGACCAGAGAAGAAGAAGAGAGCGGAGAGAAGAAGAAGAAAGAAGACAAAGCGGAAACGAGCGAUGAGAACAAGAAAGAAAAAGAGUCGAAGAAAGAGGAGGAAAGAAAAGAAGAGAGGAAAAUCAUCGGGAAGAUCGUGAAAGCGGGCGGACAGGGGACGAAGAUCCAGGUGAAGACGAUGAUGGGAGGAACGACGAAGGCGGCGGCAACAGCGGAGGAGGAGAAGAAGAAAAAGGAGGAAAAAGUGAAGGAGACGGAAAGACAGAAAAGAGAAGAGGCUGGAGAGACGGAGAAGAAAGAGAAGAACAAAACCGAGGCGGAGAAGGACAAGAAAGAAGAGAAACAGAAGAGGACGAACGAAGAGACGCAGAAGGACGAGAGAGAUGGAGACACCGUGGAGAAACAGACGAGAGAGAGGAAGGAGACGGAGGGAAAGAGUGACGGAGAAUCGAAGGAGAAGAAGAGAGAAGAAAAGGUAGAGAAGGGGAAGAUGGAGGAAAAGAGCGAGGGAGCAAAGGUGGAGAAAAGACCGACGAGGGAGUGGAGGAAGGUGGAGGUGAGGAAGGACGAGGAACAAGAGAAGAAGAGGAAGAAGAAGAACAAGGAGAAAACCACGACAGAACCAACGAAGAAGAACGAGACGGUCCAGAACCAACCGGAGAGGAGGACGAGAGGGGGAGAGAGGGAGAGGAGGGAGGAGAAGGAGAGGAAGGAAGAGAGGGGGAGGAGAGAAGAGAAGGAAAAGGAAAAGGUGGGAGAGAAGGAAAGGAAAGAGGAGAAGGAAAAGGUGGGAGAGAAGGAAAGGAAAGAGGAGAAGGAAAAGGUGGGAGAGAAGGAAAGGAAAGAGGAGAAGGAAAAGGUGGGAGAGAAGGAAAGGAAAGAGGAGAAGGAAAAGGUGGGAGAGAAGGAAAGGAAGGAAGAGAAGGAAAAGGUGGGAGAGAAGGAAAGGAAAGAAGAGAAGGGAAAGGUGGGAGAGAAGGAAAAGGUGGGAGAGAAGGAAAGGAAGGAAGAGAAGGAAAAGGUGGGAGAGAAGGAAAGGAAAGAAGAGAAGGGAAAGGUGGGAGAGAAGGAAAGGAAAGAAGAGAAGGAAAGGAAAGAGGAGAAGGAAAGAAGGGAAGAGAAGGAAAGAAAAGAAGAGAAGGAAAAGGUGGGAGAGAAGGAAAGGAAGGAGGAGAAAGGAAAGGUGGGAGAGAAGGAAAGAAGGGAAGAGAAGGAAAGGAAGGAGGAGAAAGGAAAGGUGGGAGAGAAGGAAAGAAGGGAGGAGAAGGAAAGGAAUGAAGAGAAGGAAAAGGUGGGAGAGAAGGAAAGGAAAGAAGAGAAGGAAAAAGUGGGAGAGAAGGAAAGGAAAGAAGAGAAGGAAAAGGUAGGAGAGAAGGAAAGAAGGGAAGAGAAGGAAAGGAAGGAAGAUAAGGAAAGGAAGGAAGAGCAGGAAAGGAAGGAAGAGCAGGAAAGAAGGGAAGAAAAGGAAAGGAAGGAGGAGAAGGAAAAGGUGGGAGAGAAGGAAAUGAACAAAACAACAACGGAGGAAGAACGAAGAUCAGAGGAACGUCAGGAGGAAGUAAAAACUGUAGAAGAAGAAGUGAAGGUGGAGAGAGUUAAGGUCGGAGGUCAGACGAACUCUGAGUCCUCUGCUGGUCCCGCGGCGGCGAAGGAGCAGAAGAAGAGUUCGACCAUGACGCUGACCGACUCCACGCUGCACCGGAUCCACGGGGACAUCCGGAUCUCUCUGAAGAUCGACAACCCAGUAAGACCCGGUUCCUGAGGUUUUUGGACCUACGGGGGUCUCCUAGCCGGUCUAACCGAACCCCCUUUCUUCUUCCCUCUCCAUCCUCCAGGACGUGGCGAAGUGUCUGAUGGCGUUGGAUCAGCUGAGCAUGGUCUACGUGACGUCCAAACACGUGCAGAGACACAGCGAGCUCAUCUCCACGCUAAGGAAGGUGAGAAGAUACCCGGGCGUCAGAGCCGAGCUGACCAAUCAGAGCACGCCGACUGACCUUUUAACCUUUUCUUUCUCCCGCCCUCCUCGCCGUGAAGCUGAGGAGCUACAGGUCCAACCAGGCCAUCAUGGACAAGGCCUCCAUGCUCUACAACCGCUUCAAGAACGCCUACCUGCUGGGCGAGGGCGAGGAGGUGGUGAGCGCCGCCUUCCUGCGCUCGCUGCUGGAGGAGAAGGAGAGGGAGGAGGCUCAGCGGGCGGAGAGGGCGAUGAGGGAGGAGCUGCUGCAGGAGGUGAAGAGGCGCAUGGAGCAGGUGGAGGAGAGGAGGAGGUCUGACGGAGGAGGAGGAGAAGAAGAAGAGAAGAAGAUGGAGGGUGAGUAAAAAAAAGGAAAGUCAAACGAACCAAUCAGAGUUCUCCUCCUCCUCCUCCUCAGCUUCAGUGGACUCCUCCUGAAGCAUCAUGGACCGAACCAUCUCAAGACAGAGGGGGGGGUCGACCUCCUCAAAGUGGACCUCCACGAUCACCUUUACCUCAUCACACCUGUUCACUUCCUGUACAGCUCGGCGUAUUUAUGGACCUCACCGACGCUCGCUCCGGGGUCAGAGUUCACUACGUUUGGACCGUCUCACCCGAGCAGGUUCUGGUUCUGGAAGAGUUGAUUGUAUUUUCUCGGUUCUCACGUAAAGCGUUACCGUUCCUCACCUGAGCAUUAACCUGACCGCCGAACCCCGUGACCGGUGCAAUUUUGAUUCGGCGUUCGAGUUAGCUCGGAAGUCAGACGACGGAGCUGAAAAUGACGUCACUACGGAGUUCUCAGCGUUUCAGUCACCGAGUCGGAAAAAAGCGAAAUCGGAGGCCUGAAACAAGAUGGCUACAUCUACGAGAGUUAUUUUAGCGCUAGCAUUUUCCGAGAAUAAGGCGAGCACUCAAAUAACUUUCGUAGAUGUAGCCAUCGUGUUUUCUGACAAAAUCAGAGGCGUAAACAAGAUGGAUACAUCUGCGUAAGUUAUGUAACCGCUAGCCUUUCUGAGAUAUAAGGCAGGUGCUAAAAUAACUUUCGUAGACGUUAUUUCCGGAGCAAAAUCGGAGGCGCAAACAAGAUGGCUACACCUAAAAAAGUUAUUUUAGCCUGCUUUGUCCGAACGUGAGGCAAGCACGAAAAAAACUUUCGUAGAUGUAGCCAUCUUGUUUUCUGACCAAUAUUAGAGGCGUAAACAAGGUGGAUACAUCUGCGUAAGUUACGUAACCGCUAGCCUUUCCGAGAUAUAAGGCAGGUGCUAAAAUAACUUUCGUAGAUGUAGCCAUCUUGUCUCACAAGCAAAAUCGGAGUCGCAAACAAGAUGGCUACACCUACAAAAGUUAUUUUAUCCUGCGCGAACGUAAGGCAAGCACGAAAAAAACUUUCGUAGAUGUAGCAUUCUUGUUCCCGGAGCAAAAUCGGAGGCGCACACAAGAUGGCUACGACUACAAAAGUUAUUUCACCGCUAGCCUUUCCGAAAUAUAAGGCAAGCGCUGAAAUAACUUACAUGUAGCUAUCUUGUCUCCGGAGCAAAAUCGGAGGUGGAAACCAGAUGACUACAUCUACGAGAGUUAUUUUUUCCGAAUGUCAGGCACGCACUAAAAAGAUUUCGGAAUUGUAGCCAUCUUGUUUCCGAUUUUCCUUUAUCCGACUUGGUAACUGAAACGCCGGGAACUCGAAGGUGACGUCAUUUUCAGCUGAGUAAGCUAAUCCAAAUCUAACUUUAUAUCGUUUUAAACUUUAAACUUCUAUUAUUCAGUUUUUUUUUUUUAUUUCAGUGUCAAACUACAGAACUCCACUAAAUUUUUUUAUCUUUUCGGAUUUUCAGCGUACUGUCUCUUUAAGAGCCCGACCUAAUACCUGUCAGAGGGAGGUUUUAUCGCCUCGCAGUGAUUUUUUUUUUUUGUGUAUUUAAGAGAGAAGUCAGUUUGAAGAUAAAAUCGUUAAAUUUAAUGUUUUAAACAAAAGCUGCUUUACUUUAUUUUUAAUAUCAACUACAGUUUGUUUUUCUCAUUAAUUCACGGCAGUGUUAAACCCUGAAUGAAAGCAUUAGUCAGCUGAUCAUCAUCACACACACUGACGGAUGUCCUCCGGUUUUAUCGUCACACACUCGGGUGUUGUUUGUCGUGUGUGUGUUUUGUACUCUGUGGUGUAAAUAUGUAAUUUUUGAUUUUCAGACAUUUUUAAAGGAGUGUUAUUAAAACUCUGUCGCCUCCUGAGUUCCUUUAUUUGAUUCAGUAAGAGUGUUUUUUUUUUUUUAUUCAGUAGCAUUUCAACAUAUACGGACAAAAUACGAAAGGAAAACUAAACAUAUAUACGCAACUACAUUAGCAUCACAUUGAAGUUAUAUAUAUCCUGUUUAUAUAAAGUAUAACAAAAAUAAAAUAUGUAUAAAAAAAUAUUUCGACUUGUAUAAUAAUCCCAUUUUUAUCCCUAUAUUCCCAUCAUAAUAUGGCUGAACCGUGACUUUAAUCUCAUAAUGACUUUAUUCUUUUUUUUAUCACUGUAUUUUUAUUAUUGUAACAAAGACUUCACUCUUUUUUUGUUUAACAAUGUCUUUAUUAGCAUUUUUUCAAAGGCAGUAUACAACUUCAAUAUCAACAAUAGAAUUAUAAAUUUCACCCAAACCCGCCCCCCUCCCAGAACAAACCCCAUCGGCCAACUCUAACC